ACGGCAGUGCUGCCAGUUUCCCCACUGUCUUCGGUUCGAUACGCCGCGAGGUCGAAGGUUACGAAGAAUUGAUCGAUAAGUUCAUCAGCCCGAACUUCCAAUUCGUGUCGGAUAGUGUUGCAUUCCUCACUGGUGGCACUGUAAAUUCACCUCUAGAGGGUGCAAAACGUUCUUCUAACUUCUGUAGCUCAAUGACACGAACGCGCAUAGCAUGGAAGAAUAUCUCGCGAGCUACGCGGAUCACUUGCCGCCGCCAACUUCAAGCCGAUUGAUUCACACUGCUCAUAGCUGUGACACUAUCACGACCUACUCGGAAUUCAUUGUUGGAGGUGUGCCGAUUCGGGCUUUCAACCUCUAUUUCGUGGAUCUUCCAAGUGCCAAAAUCGUCAAGCUCUACACCGAAAUCAACAACGGCGCUGCAAGAUACGCGAUCUGCAAGUUGAACUUAACCGCUUGCCCAACACAGGCCAAAUUUGAUGUCGGCAAGAAUGGACCAGCAUCCGGAUUCUCUGGAUGUCAGGCUCCACUCUGAAAGUGUCCACAACGAAAUAGCACGAG